UGGUCUGUACCUCUGCGGCUGCCGUAGAGCGGAAGUGAGAGACAAAACAAGCGACAUGGUGGAGAAGAAAACCUCCGCUCGGGUGGAGGCCGGGCAGCGCAGAGUUUUGGAUGAAGCCACCAGACAGAGGAGACUGACCCGACAGCUGGACGCUCUGGAGAAAGACAACUUCCAGGACGACCCUCUGUCCUCGCUGCCUCCCCCAGGUCCUACUGCCCGCCUGCCUGCCUUCAGUGAGACAGAAGAACCAGAGAAGAAGAAGAGGAAGACGAGGGGCGAUCACUUCAAGCAGCGCUUCAGGAAGAACUUCACCACGCUGCUGGAGGAGGAGAACCUGUCGGAGAGGCCGGAGCCUAACUACCUGUCCGCCGCGGCCCCUCCCUCCUCUCUGCCCCCCCGUCACUUCUGCUGUGUCUGUGGUUUCCCCUCUCACUACACCUGCACCACCUGUGGGGGGCGCUACUGCAGCAGCAAGUGUCUGUGUACGCACAGAGAGACCAGGUGUUUGAAGUGGACGCUGUAAAUGCUGCCUGGUCUCCAUGGUAACGAUGAUGGGAUGGAGGUUCCUGUGAACUGAUGAGCACACCAACACACACACACACACACACACACACACACACACACACACACACACACACACACACACACACACACACACACAUAUACAAUCAUGACAGAGGACAUCUUGUCUGUCAAGAUGAAUAUGAAGCUACGACUGGUUAGCUUAGCUUAGCAUAAUGACUGGAAACAGAGGGAAACUUGCUCUAAGGUUUAUUUACAUGUUACAUCUGGUUUGUUUCAGCUGAGCUGUGUUAUUAACCUUUUCACUGAUUAAACUAAAUAUAUACAGUAUAUAUAUAUAUAUAUAUAUAUAUAUAUAUAUAUAUAUAUACAGUAUAUAUUUAUAUACAAUGUGCUGAUUUAAACAGUGAAAGAUAUUACAAAGAUGUUAGCAGCUGAAAAGCUAACAUGAAUUUAAAAGCUAAUACGAGCUGCUGUGUUCUGUUUAUUUUGUCCACCCCCUCUUCAUGUACAUCAGCCAAUAAGAGGAGCCAGACGUUGAACCACAUUAUUGUUCUGUAAAUAAUAAUUACAUGUGUUUUAGUUUCAUGUUUUAUUAAAG